AUGCAGGUGGCCCUGAGGGAUCUUCAUGACAGGCUAUUUUCUGCCGUUCACCUCUUCGAUACACAGCCUCGCCUAGCGCAGCUUGUUAGAACGGUUGAUAUUGGUGCGUUCAACGAGGAUUGCACAUGUUGUUAUCCUGAGCAAUUAGACGACGCUACUCAGCAGCAGAUGCUGCUCAUUAAACAGGCUGUCACAAAUCUCGGGCUCGAAGCCAGCGACAGCCAGUUGAAAAAUAUAUGCUCUGGAGAUAACAUCAUCGAAACGCUUGUCCAAGUACUGAUCUUACAAACGCCUACUGCCGACCGGUUAUCUCUGUCUCUGCCCAAGGAUUGGGCAUUCGGUCUAUUUACAAAGAAACGCGCUGAUGGUAGUGGCAAACACCACGUGUUGAAGGCUACCAGGAUCGAGGUGGAGGUGGACAAGACCAUCAGUGAUGCUUGUGACAACUCAGACGACCAUGGACUCUGCAACACUUACGGCCCCAGGAGCAUGGCCGAGGAGAAUCUCAUCGACAUCGCUCCCAACGUUCAGUUUCUUUGCUGCGGAUCAGGUGCUCUUGUGGCUCCUUCCAUGAGCCAGAGUCCUGGGCUGUCUCAGCUCACGUCUCUGCAGCUCAUCUUCAAGGGCAUAUGGAGCCCGUUUCUCCCCAAACUGCUACGCGAAUUAUCGCACCUCCAACACGUCAGCUUUGUCUCGCAAAACACACAUUGCCCCACACCUCGCUUGAUCAAGGAAGCAUUGCUCUUGCUGCCUGCGAAGGGCACACUGCAAUCGUUGACACUCUUGCCCAUGUAUUGGGUGAACCAACCAUUGGGUAGCAUGGAGAGUUGGCAUCCCGCGGCCGAGACAGCUCUUUCUUAUCCGAUCGCCACUCUGAAGGAGUUUGAGGGAUUGAAGGUUCUCUCCAUUGACAGCCUUGUUGUUUACCCCUUCGACCCAGAUGGCCCUUCGACCAGGGACACCCAGAGACUGGUCAACUUUCUGCCCUCGUCACUUGAGAUACUGGUCAUGAGAAGCCUCGGUCAGGCGAUAUAUGCGGUUCCCGAAUCGCACUUUCAGGCACUUGCCGAUGCAGUGGUGGCAGGGCAGUUUCAAAGAUUGCGUUGGGUGUUCUGGACCGAUGAACAAGACGGGUACAUCAUGCAGCCGCACGACAGAUUCAGACCCGGCCUCGGGUUGCCGUCCUCAGAAACCCCCGGUGUUCUCGGUAUUUCUAGAGAUACGGCCGAAAUCAAACUGUCAUCAACGGGCAGUAUCUGUACCAAAGAGGCUGGUGAGCAGUGGGUAGCCCAGGGACUUUGGAAGAAGAGGCUACAUCCAGAUCUCUCACAGUGGUUGGAAUUCGUCGAAGAGCCGGAUGCUUUUCCCGACUGGGACAGGUUGUGGGAGGACUGCGUGAGGAGAUAUGCCCCGAAUAUAUGGGCCGAUCCAGAGUAG